AUGAAAAUCUUCAAACAUAUCGUGUGUGUGUUGUUAAUUAUCCAGACACUGGAUUGUGUUUUGACUCAAAAUGUGACCAUAAAUGCGAAUGACAAUCCCUUGAAUUUCACCGAUGAAGAUUUCCCCAAAGAAUUUGCCCCUACGUGGCAGGUGAACUUUGAAGAGAAACUCGUCAAUGUAUCCAUGAAACAAAGCAAAGUUUUGCAGAUUGAAAUUGUCAAAAUCGAUCCAAAUUGGAGUCCUGAUUUCGAAUUGCACAUCGUACCCGGCGAUAUGGGCUUGAUACGUUUAAGUCACAAUAUCAUAACAGCCAAAGACUUAAAAGUUGGCCAGACAUCAUGGAAGGGAAAUUUCACAAUGGAGGGUAUCUUAUUGGGUCGCACUCCCGUCUAUGUAGAGCUGAGAAGCCCCAAUCAGGAGACCGAGACAGCUGCCGAAACUAUGGAUGUGAUAAUAUUGCGUAAAAUUGACAAAUUGGAUGUGGCUUUUCGUACUUUAGUUGGUGGGUUUGUAAUGCUGCUGUAUGUUAACUUCGGUGCGGCCUUGGAAUUGGAUGCUCUGAAAAGGAUUCUGCUGAAGCCCAUCGGUCCAGCAAUUGGUUUUGUCGGUCAAUUUUUAAUAAUGCCCAUCUUGAGUUUCUCCAUCGGUUAUUUCCUGUUCCGUGAUAUGAUUGAAUUGCGUUUAGGUUUGUUCUUCACCGGCUCGACACCUGGCGGCGGUGCUUCGAAUAUUUUCACAGUGCUGCUAAGUGGCAAUUUGAAUUUGUCCAUUACGAUGACAGCCAUUAGUAAUUUGCUUGCCUUCGGCAUGAUGCCAUUGUGGAUCUUCACUUUGGGUGCUCUCAUCUUCGAGGACGGUAAUUUGAUUGUGCCGUAUAAAAUGAUUGCCAGCAUGAGCUUUUCUCUGGUGUUGCCCCUUUGCAUUGGUAUUGGCCUACAGAAAUUUGCACCAAAUUUUGCUAAAAAAAUGAUCAAGGUGCUGAAGCCGUUGGCAUUGAUUUUCGUUGUUGGUAUAAUGGGAUUUUCGUUUACUGUCAAUACCUAUAUUUAUAAGCUGUUUUCAUGGAAGAUUCUUAUUGCCAGCAGUGCCCUCUCAUGGUUGGGCUACUUACUCGGAUGGGUUAUGGCCAAAAUAUGCCGUCAAUCGUCGCGUGAUGCCAUCACAAUUGCCAUUGAGACGGGUAUACAAAAUAUUGGUAUUGCCAUCUUUAUGUUGAAUUUCACGUUGCCACAACCACAGGCGGAUAUGACAAGUGCUGUCCCAAUGGCAAAUUCAAUGAUGACACCAAUUCCAUUACUUAUAAUCUAUCUAAUUAAGAAGAUCUUCUUCCGUAAUAGCAACAAAGACGAGGAAGAAGAAACUAUCGAAAAGGAGGAUAUUAAAUAUAAAGAAGUUGAAGCUAUUAUGGUUAAUGACAAAAAAGAGAUUAAGGCAUAA